GAUAGGUUUCUAAGCUUCUUGGGACGUCGGUUGCGGUGGGGAGCUGCUGCGCAUCUAAUAUUGUUUUUAUGGUUCUUUCACCUCUACCUCUAGCAUACCUUCAUGAUAUUGGUGUCCCCUUAUUAACAAGUGCAGCUAGAGUGAUCAAGAAGUGCAACAUGUCACUCAAUAUAGUACAUAACUCAAUUUUCCACCAUCCUCUAAUUGCAGCCGAAUUAGUCACCGAUGGGCGCGCCUCCCUAGAUCGUCAGCAAGCCAAAGGGUCCAUCCACAAACAAGGGUCAAAUGUGACGGAAGAACAUCCUAGACGGUGUAUGGAGCUCCUCACAGCCGACCGAUUCGCAUCCAUGCAACAUGCUUCCUACGCCGCUUUGGAUGUCACACAUACACGACUACGCUGCAGCAACUACGCCAGUUGGAUUGGCGGACAUCCGGAACGAUUUGGGAGAUUGUUUCUAGACAGGAGGUACCGCACACACAGAGGUCAUACGAAUUUUCAUAGCUCCAUGCUAGGAGACACGGGUCAGCGUGAGAUGGUCCAAUAUGUGUAUCCUCCGCGUGGCAAAUACCAUUUACAUCGCGAUGACUAUACGAAUCUGAACUGGGCAAAAGCAGAUCGUGCGAGGACGAUUAAUAGGAUAUUUUGGGGUUCAUCUUCUGGUUCGAAAAGUACAUCUUCAAAAGAGCCCACCUCAUCAUCAACAAG